CGUGGGUGUAUGCAGGGGGGUGGUGGUCUUAACAAGCAGAUUCUGUUGAAACACAUGAGACGUGAGCCAUGUUUUCAUCAGUGGGGGGUGGACAUGCUGUGUGUUUGUACAAGCUGAUGUGUGUGUAAGUGUCAAGCGCUUUGACUGUUUCUCGUCUUGUUUGAGCUGUUCAUGCACUUUGGCUCACACUCUGAAACUGUGAUUUCUCACCCUCCGCAUCAGGUGUCAGUGAGGCCUUUACCCAAAGCUGGUGUUGGUUACUGCAGACACACCCUGUGGAUAGCAGAACCCAUUUAUAGUCACAUAAUCACUACAACUUAAGACCAGAAAUGGAGAACAAAACAUCAGGGGUGAGCAAGGGCCUCCAUGUGAACUGCAGUAUGUCUGGAAGGCACAGCUUCAUCUUCACCUUCAUCCCCGUCGUCUACGGAUGCAAUUUCGUCAUCGGGAUCAUUGGCAAUAGCAUGGUGGUGGCUGUCAUCUACCGCUACAUGAAGCUGAAGACUGUGGCAAACGUGUUUGUGCUCAACCUAGCCAUAUCAGACCUCACCUUCCUUAUUACGCUACCUUUGUGGGCAACUUUCACCGCUACGGGUUACCAUUGGCCGUUUGGGACUUUCCUGUGCAAGGCGAGCGCCGGAUUGGUCAUCUUCAACCUCUAUACUAGCAUUUUCUUCCUCACCGCUCUUAGCCUCGAUCGAUACCUUGCUAUCGUACACCCGGUGCGCUCUAGGCGCCAACGCACGCUUUUUUACGCCAACCUCACCUGUGUACUUAUAUGGCUGUUUGCCUUGCUCCUCAGCGCGCCUACGGCGCUAAGCCGGGACGUGUACGACAUUGGGAACUCUACGUUGUGCGCUGUGUGGCACCGCAGCGAGCAGAUCAACUUGCUAGUUAGCCUUAGCGUGCUAAAAAGCGUGCUGGGUUUCCUUGUGCCUUUCCUGGUCAUCAUCACCUGCUAUUGCCUCAUCGGCCGGGCGCUUCUGGGUUCCAGGGGUCUUUUGAGGAAAAGCGUUCGCUCUCGGGAAGACGAAACUCUUCGUAUGAUAGCCGCUACUGUGCUAGCUUUUUUUGUUUGCUGGGCUCCUCACCAAGCUUUCCACUUCAUGGAGCUGCUGGCCACGCUUGGCGUAGUGGAAAACUGCCAAACAUUGGAUGUUAUUGACACAGCCAUGCCAUUUACCAUCUGCAUCUCUUAUUUAAACAGUUGCGUAAACCCCAUUCUUUAUGGUUUUGUUGGACAUAACUUUCGCAAGAACUUGCUGAGGUUACUAGGUUGCGGGUCUGGGCAAUCUGGCAAUAACUUUACGAUUAACUCAAAGAUGAAUGUCACCCCACAUUGUAAUUCCGGUCUGCUCAACCCAACAAGCACCAAGAUGGAUUCAACAUCCACGGUGAAGACAUCUUAAGUAUAAAAGGCAUAGCUGCAAUUGUGUAUUUAUCUAUUUUGGGAUUUUGAAUGGUACUGUAGGAUAUCGUUAUCAUCUUAUUUUAUGAUUGGCCAACAACAUAAUUGGCAAUUGCACUGCUAAAUAACAUUUCUGUUAAAAAUGCAUUACUGAAUUGGUAAUAAUGCAAGUAAAAAACUGUUUAUGGCGCUAUCUAUUAGUGCCAGUUUAUGCCAAUAUCAAUAUCUAUAUAUUCUUGUCACUCUUUUUCCCUGCUUUAAAUAAAGCCACAAUGUAUAUAACAUAUUUUGAAUGCAGUGCAACAGUGUGAAAUGCUAAAUUAUAUCUGUGACCUAAGUGACCUAAUCAACUCAAACACUUUGUGAUCAUGUCUCUGUAGUGCAACAGCAAUGUCUCAACUUUUUCUAGAAAGUAUAGUAUGUCAUUAACUACUUGUGUAUGAGAUAUGAAUGUAAAAACCAAACACACUGAACAUAAAAUGUUACAUAUAAUUUUGUUUUCAACAAAUUUCUAAUUUUACAAAGAUGUUAUAUAAUAACAUUAAAAAAGUGUUUAUUGUAAAUUUGCCAUUUAAAAAUGCAUUAUUUUUCUAUAUCUUUUUAUGUUCUUUCCAAACUUUGUACUCAUCUGAACAUUCAUACAGCACUAAAUGUGUUUAGGACUACUUAAAUAAAAGCCAGUUUUUUAAACAA